CAGCGCUCAAAGCUGAGAACUUCACCGACCGAAGAAGAAGCAGCAGCAGCAUCAGUUGAGUUCCGGUGUCCUUGUGUUAGAGUCGCGCAACCAGACGGGUCCACUAAGAUGUUCAGAACCAUGAAUGCGGUCCAGCAGAUGGCGCGGCGCAGCAUCUGCAACUCUGCGCGCCGGCAGGUGGAGAACAAGGUUUCCCAAAAGCAGAAGAUGUUCCAGGAGGAUAACGGGAUGCCGAUCCAUUUGAAGGGCGGCAGCAGCGACGCCCUGCUGUACCGGGCCACCAUGGUGCUGACCGUCCUGGGAGUCGGCUUCACGCUGUACGAACUGGUGAAGGCGUCGUUCCCUCAGAAGAAGGACUGACACCGAUCCGGAUCGUUGUUCUGGUUCCAGCCGGGCCCAUUUGUAUAAAGAUAUUCCAGGAUCAGAACCGACCCGUUUCCUGCUCUCUCUGUGUUCUUGUUUCAUGUACUUGGAGCGAUAACUUGAUAUUUCUGUUCACUUGAGGAUCAAUAAACACAAAAUACCUCUGAUGACCCAGAA